AGCACACCGAUGUGUCGUACUUAAACUUAAGAGAUGAUAACAGCAGUGGUUCGUAUAUGUACAUUGAGCCAUUGGAACUCCAUGAUGAGGUUCUCAGGUGCAAUCCUGAAGCAUUUGAAUACAGUACCACAGGUCCUGUCAAGGAGCAGAUCUCUGGUCGUGCGGUGGGUGAGAAGAAGCUCCGUGAGUCAAGUCUUCCUGGCAUAAAUCAAACUAAAGAAGACUACAAUGCAACCCCUAAUCGUCAACAUGACCAUUUUUCUUCAAAUGACAUUUCAACGUUAUCUUCCAAAAAAUCAAAAGUAAGGAAGAAAGGAGGCGAUGGAAUUUCCGUAGGGCCCAGUUCUGCCGAGCUUCAAGAUGCAACCAUUGGAAGGUUUCGUGAGUUUUUGGAAGACUUAUGCAACAAAGCUGAAGUUCAGACUGAUGAUCGAGAUGAAGCAGAAUGGCUGCCAUUGUCACUUUCAGAUCUUAGAUUGCUUGUUAAUGAAAUAAUGUCUAUACAUGAGAAGAAACUUCUGCAUAUUGUUCCUGUUGAAGUCCUUGUGAGGAUACUGAAUGUUCUAGAUCAUCAAAUACAUAGGGCAGAAGGCCUGUCAAUUGAGGAUUGUGAUAAUUCAGACUCGGAACUAAUUUCAUCUAUUUUGAUCGCAUUGGAGUCCAUUCAUGCUGCACUAGCUGUGAUGGCUCACACUGAGAUGCCGAAGCAAAUUUAUAAAGAAGAGAUCAUUGAGAGAAUUUUGGAGUUUUCCAGGCGUCAAAUAAUGGAUGUUAUGUGUGCAAGUGAUCCAUCGUAUCGUGCGUUACACAGACCUAGUGAAAACACUGCAUGUGAAGUUGAUGAUUAUUACGAAGAAAAUGAUGCAGAAUUUGGUUCGGCAAGCAAGAAACGUCGUACCAGCAAGAGUACAAAGAUGAGGAAAUCAACAUCAAACAGGGUUUCUUCUGCUGUGAAUACUAUCCUUCAGAAAUUAUGCACUGUUCUUGGAUUGCUGAAGGAUUUGUUGUUAAUUGAGAGGUUAUCAGAUAGUUGCAUUCUUCAACUUGUAAAAACAAGCAUUACAACAUUCCUGGUUGAGAAUAUCCAGCUUUUGCAGCUGAAGGCAAUUGGUUUACUUAGCGCGAUAUUCUAUUUAUACACACAACAUCGCACAUAUGUGAUAGAUGAAGUGCUUCAGCUUCUUUGGAAAUUACCAUAUUCAAAACGAGCUAUAAGAGCCUACCACAUACGCGAGGAAGAGCAAAGACAGAUCCAGAUGGUUACCGCUUUGCUGAUUCAGCUAAUUCACUGUAGUGCUAACCUUCCCGAUGCUUUAAGACAAGCAUCAAGUGGUAAUGCUGUGUUGGAAGUCUCGGUUGACCCUAAUGAUCCAAUUAAAGGCCAUGAAGCCACAACAGAAGCUUGCUGUCUAUUCUGGAGCCGUGUACUUCAGCGGUUUGCAAGUGUGAAGACCCAGGAUGCUUCAGAGCUGAAAUCCAUAAUGGAGAAUCUUGUUACUGAUUUACUCACAACUUUAAAUUUGCCCGAGUAUCCUGCUUCAGCUCCCAUUUUGGAGGUUCUCUGUGUCCUACUACUUCAGAAUGCUGGGCCGAAAUCUAAGGAUGUCUCUGCACGUUCCAUGGCUAUUGAUAUUCUUGGUACAAUUGCCGCAAGGUUGAAGCGUGAUGCUUUGGUUUGUAGCCAGGAGAAGUUCUGGAUACUUCAGGAUUUACAUGGUCAGGAUAGUGCUAAUCAGCAAUAUCCAGAAGAUUCUUGUUGUGUCUGUAUGGAUGGCAGUACCGACAAUUUAUUGAUAUGCCAUGGCUGCCAGAGACCCUUCCACAGUGACUGCCUGGGUAUUAAAGAACAUGAAGUUUCCAACCGGAACUGGUACUGUCAGACAUGCAUUUGUCAUAAGCAACUGCUUGUAUUACAGUCAUAUUGCAAUUCCCGGUGUAAGGAUGACGUGACAAAGAAACGUAAUGCGUCAAAAGAUUCUGAAAUUUCAAAGCAUGAAAUUGUUCAACAGUUGCUUUUGAAUUACCUUCAAGAUGUCACUUCUGCUGAUGAUAUCCAUCUGUUCGUUUGCUGGUUUUAUCUCUGCCUGUGGUACAAAGAUGAUCCUAAUUGUCAGCGAAAGCCUAUAUACCACCUUGCUAGAAUGAAAUCAAGAAUCAUUGUACGGGACUCUAGUACCAUCUCAUCCACGUUGACGAGGGAUUCAAUUAAGAAGAUUACUUUAGUUUUGGGUCAAAACAGUUCAUUUUGUCGAGGGUUUGAUAAGAUUCUUCACGUGCUUCUGGCAAGCCUGAGGGAGAACUCUCCAGUUAUCAGGGCUAAGGCUUUACGAGCUGUUAGUAUCAUUGUAGAGGCUGAUCCAGAGGUAUUGGGUGAUAAACGAGUACAGUCAGCUGUUGAAGGAAGGUUUUGUGACUCUGCAAUUUCUGUUAGAGAAGCAGCAUUGGAACUUGUCGGCAGGCACAUUGCUUCACAUCCAGAUGUGGGUUUUAAGUAUUUUGAAAAGAUCGCUGAGAGAAUCAAAGAUACUGGAGUUAGUGUUCGAAAACGAGCAAUAAAACUUAUUCGAGACAUGUGCAGUUCAAAUGUCAACUUCUCUGGCUAUACUAGGGCUUGCACAGAAAUAAUUUCGCGCAUUAGUGAUGAUGAGUCAAGUAUCCAGGACCUUGUUUGCAAAACGUUUCAUGAGUUCUGGUUUGAGGAGCCUUAUGGUUCACAAACUCAGGUCUUUGGAGAUGGUAGUACUGUUCCACUCGAGGUGGCUAAGAAAACAGAGCAAAUUGUUGAAAUGCUCAGGAGAAUGCCCAACAAUCAACUUCUUGUAACUGUAAUAAAGCGCAACUUAUCACUUGAUUUUUUGCCCCAAGCUGCAAAAGCUGUUGGUGUCAACCCUGUGUCCCUUGCUACAGUGCGUAAGCGCUGUGAGUUAAUGUGCAAAUGCUUGCUGGAGAAGAUAUUGCAGGUUGAGGAAAUUAAUAGCAAUGAAGUGGAGGUGCAUGCUCUACCAUAUGUGCUGGCCUUGCAUGCAUUUUGUCUUGUGGACCCAACUCUCUGUGCACCUGCUUCAAACCCAUCCCAGUUUGUUGUUACUUUGCAGCCAUAUCUUAAAACGCAGGUUGACAAUCGCAUGGUUGCACAGCUAGUUGAGAGUAUAAUCUUUGUAAUUGAUGCUGUGUUGCCUUUACUUCGGAAGUUACCUCCAAAUAUUGUUGACGAGCUAGAGCAAGAUUUGAAACAUAUGAUUGUCCGGCAUUCUUUCUUGACAGUAGUCCAUGCUUGUAUCAAGUGCCUCUGCUCUGUAAGCAACAUAGGCAGUAAAGGGGCUGCUGUGGUGGAGCAUCUUAUUCAGGUCUUCUACAAAUGUUUGGACAAUAAGCAGCAAGUUGGGCGAUCACUCUUUUGUCUUGGAUCACUCAUUCGAUAUGGCAAUUCUUUGUUGGUAAGCUCCAGCAAUAAAGUUAUUGAUGUCAGAAGGAGUCUUACCUUGUGUAUAAAGUUUCUCUCUGAGGAGGAUUUUGUUGUUAAGGCUAGAUCAUUGCAGGCACUAGGGUUUAUUUUAAUUGCCAGGCCUGAAUACAUGUUGGAAAAGGAUAUUGGAAAGAUACUGGAGGGAACAUUAUCUUCAAAUGCUGACACUCGUCUUAAGAUUCAAGCAUUGCAAAACAUGUUGGAGUAUCUCCUUGAUGCUGAAAGCAAAAUGGGAACAGAUAAACCUGAUGAUAACAUAACUGGUUACACAGUUGGAGCUGUGCAGAGUGUACCCGUUGCUGCUGGAGCUGGGGACACAAACAUAUGCGGGGGUAUAAUUCAGUUAUAUUGGGAUAAUAUUUUAGGCAGAUGUUUGGAUUCCAAUGAACAAGUCCGCCAAUCAGCUCUGAAGAUAGUUGAAGUUGUGUUGCGCCAAGGUCUUGUUCACCCAAUCACUUGUGUUCCAUACCUAAUAGCACUUGAAACUGAUCCUCUGGAGUCAAAUGCAAAGCUGGCUCAUCAUCUCCUAAUGAAUAUGAAUGAGAAGUACCCUGCAUUUUUUGAAAGUCGUUUGGGUGAUGGACUUCAAAUGUCAUUUAUUUUCAUGCAAUCAAUUAGCACUGCUUCUGAAAAUGGCAAUCAGAAAAUCCCAUCUAAAAUCCCUGUAUCUGGAAAAGGGAAAACCGAAUCUGUCUCACUAGCUCAAGCAAGACUUGGUGUUUCUAGAAUAUACAAGCUCAUCCGGGGGAACAGGAAUUCAAGGAAUAAAUUUAUGUCAUCAAUUGUGCGAAAAUUUGACAAUCCAAAGUGGAGCCAUUCAGUAAUAGCUUUCUUAUCAUACUGCACAGAGGUCCUUGGAUUGCUGCCUUUCAUUUCCCCUGAUGAGCCCCUUUAUCUAAUAUAUGCCAUCAAUCGAAUAGUUCAAAUUAGGGCUGGGCCACUAGAAGCGAAUUUUAAAGCCUGGAGUUCAAGGUUAUCAAGAAAUGAGAAUCAAAGUACACCGAAUGGGAAUGGAAUGUAUCAACAGGAGACAGACAAGUCCACUAUUAUAACCCAAGGAACAUCAAUGGAUUUGAAUGGAACAUUUCAGCAAAAUCUAGAUGCUCAUCCAGAUUUGAAUGACAUGAGAUCAGUGGAUUUAAAUGGAACAUUCUACCAACAGCCAGAUGAUACUUUAUCGAAUAAUGGCAGCUCCGAACCAAAGCUGCAUGCUGUGGGUUCUGAUUAUUUUGCCUUCUCAAAAGAUGAUCUGGAGAGAGUUCAGGCAGACUGCUUAUCAGCAAUUGCACUGCAAUUUCUCCUAAAAUUGAAGAGACAUCUGAAAAUCAUGUAUAGUCUCAAUGAUGCUAGAUGUCAGGCAUAUUCACCAACUGAACAGCCAAAACCUGGAGAAGUUAUCUCCAGACAGAAUAUCCCAUUUAAUAUUAGUGAAACUCAGUUCAGCGUGCCUUCAAAUCCACAAGAAUUAAUACAGAGAUACCAGGAAUUUAAGUAUGCAUUGAGGGAAGAUACGGUGGAUUAUUCACUGUACACUGCAAAUAUAAAACGGAAGCGACCUACACCCAGAAAAGUUCGGAGAUCUGGACCCAUGGCUAGUGGGGACUUGGAGGAUGAUGAUGAUGAUGAUGAUUGGGGUGGUGGAAUGCGCAAGAUCACAAGUAGUGGUGGCCGUAGAGCUAACCUUAGAAGCAGCAGUAGGCAAUAUUGAUAGAUGUAAGUACAUGAUAGAUAGGCUAACUUGUACAUUGAAUAGGAAGGGAGAAAAGAAAAAUAGAGUAGGAUGAGUGUCAACAGAAUAGAGUUGAGGAAACAGAGUAGGAAAGCUGGGCCUGGAGUACUCCUCGCCUUUUUACAAGACUCUCAUUUUUUGUCUGUUUCCUUUAUAUUUGCUUCAUAUUAUAGUAUAGUGGCUGCAUUCUUUUAUUGGUAAAAAUUCAACUUGGUCGUUCACCCUUUCCUUGUGAUUUUGUUCUGCUGUUAGUAAGUUGGAAGAUUCGAGUCAAACUUGCAGUUGAUUUUCCAGACAAGUAACAAUUUGAUCAUCAGUUACUAAAACCAAGAAAGAAAACAAAGAUGCUUCAGUACAA